AUGUCAUUACCUUUGAGACGACCUCUGGAAAAUGUGGCUUCUCUUGACCGGGCCCUAGAAGACCUAAUAGUCAGAUUUAUCAUUAAUUGUCCCGCUGAAGAUUUCUCUUCCGUAGAAAGAGAACUGUUCCAUGUAGAAGAAGCGUCAUGGUUUUACACCGAUUUUAUCAAGCUCAUGAACCCAAAUCUGCCCAACAUGAAGAUUAAGUCGUUUGCGCAGCAUGUGAUCAAACUGUGCCCCUUAAUAUGGAAAUGGGACGAUCGUGCAGAACAAGCGCUUCAGAAAUUCUCCCAGUACAAAAAAAGCAUCCCAGUACGUGGUGCUGCGAUUUUCAACAAAAGCUUCUCGAAAAUCUUGCUCGUAAAGGGCACAGAAUCUGAUUCGUGGUCAUUUCCGCGCGGUAAAAUCUCUAAGGACGAGAACGACGUCGACUGCUGCAUUCGUGAAGUCCUGGAAGAAAUCAACUUUGACCUCACAGAUUACAUCGACGAGGAACAAUUUAUCGAGCGCAACAUACAGGGCAAAAACUACAAAAUUUUCCUGGUAAGUGGGGUUCCUCAAGAUUUCGAUUUCAAACCACGCGUUAGAAACGAAAUCGAGAAAAUUGAAUGGAGAGAAUUCAAAAAAAUUACACGUAACGGCAGCGGCAACGGCAAGCCCAACGCCAGGUAUUACCUCGUGAACUCAAUGAUCCGGCCACUGACUCUGUGGGUCAAGAGUAAGAAACAGGUCGAAAACGAGGACCAACUCAAAUCUCAAGUCGAGGAACAAUUAAAGGUACUUUUGGGUAUUAAAAAGGAAGAUGCCGUUGAUCCUGGCAGAGAGCUCCUAGAUAUUCUCCAAAAAGCCGUCAAUCCGCAGGUUUCAAAUGCUAGCACGGAGCAGAACGGUGCAGGUAUAGAAGAAACUCAUCACAUCCCCCCGUUCACCAUCCCAGCGCCAACAUUCAUGGCACCACCACCUCAAUUUCAGCAGCAGUUCCCCUUCAUGGCUUUUCAGCCGUUUGCCCCAUUUCCCUUCAUGAACGGAUCCGGAAUGCAAAUAGGUUCCGUUCCCCAGUCCACUAGCGAGGUACAUGACAUGACAAGACCUCCUCCAAUCCCCAGUAUGAAUGUCAACGCAAAACCCAGUGUCGCAGAGGAUGAAGUUCAGACCUCUGAUUCGAGAGAGCUUUUGAAUUUGCUCAAGAAGAAAAACGCUACUCCUAAGUCUUCACCUAAACCCAAGAUGAAGCUCUUAAGGAGGGGUGAAGAACCAAAUUUCAAUGAUAAAAGCCCCCCUAUGGGGGAAGCAGAAAUUCAGAUCCCAAAAACUCAGGCAAGAAGUGAUUCGAAAAUUCUGCUAGAUGUCCUGAAAAAUGCAAACCAGCCCGCUUUUAAUGAAAGCUCAAACGUCAACGAAAUCACAGCGACCAAUGGUGCGGAUUUAUUAAGUAUAAUCAAAAAGGAGGCUACAACAAACGGGAAUAACUAUCAACAUCCUCCGCCACCAAAACCUGCAAGUACGUUUACUGAGGAAAGCUCGGAUUAUGAGGACUUUGAAUGUAGCUCAGAAGAUGAUCACGAGGAGCAGACUGAGCAAUUAAGAAACUUAGAAGCGGAGGAAGAUCCAUCUGGCCCAGCAGAAGAACAGGUUUUGAAAGAAGAUUUUAUUAACGUCGACGCCAUUCCUCAUGUGGAUCCUGAACUGGAUAUGAGCGUAUGUUCAAUUGAUGGAGAUUCGGUCAAAAAAACAAAUGAAGUACCAAACAAGCCAAAAAUCAAACUUUUAAGACGUGGGCAAACUUUAGGAGACGUUGUUUCAAGAGAUGGUAGCAGUAAGAACAACGAAAUCGGAGCCGGCCAGUUGCAGAGCAAGCCACAGAUCACUCCAGCCAACGAUCGCGAUGUCCAGAGAAGCGCUUCUCAUUAUAUGGACGCGUUUGUACCACCUCAAGAAUCGCCAGCUCCAAAUCCAGAAAACUUCGUCAAUACCGUACCCAGUAUUAAUAAUCAAAGCGACCCAAGAUCAGGGUCGCAAGAGCUCUUAAAACUUUUAAAAAAACCAAGCUUAGCACAGCCUCACAAUGACCAACCAGUUCUUGAAAGUUCACCAGUCCAGACCGGCCCCGCUUCUAGUAAUGGAGCAGGGACGGAAUUGCUCCAGCUAUUGAAGGGUAAUCGAGAACAUAACGCAGCUCUGCAACACGAUGUUCAGCCGACUCAAAAUCAAAAGCCCAUCCAUCAGGUGCCCAAUCCCCCCAAUGCCAUUAACCCACCACCUUCCACAUUGACGGGAUCCACUUCACCAUAUUCAACGCCCUCGCAUCUUGGUAACUUUUUGCCGUUUGUGACUUCCCCGUCUGCUAGCCAACCGGCAAGCCAUAUGAGCAGUCCACAAAAUAACAUAGCAUUCGCUCCAAAUUUUCAUGGAGUUGACGCAUUUAAUCUAUCGCAGUCAGAUCGCGGGGCGGCAAAUGAACUACUUAAUAUGCUACAUAAGAGACAAUGA